UAAAUAUUUUAAUUAAUUAAUUAAUAAUAAUGGCAAAACACACAGCAGUACUCAUGAUCCUCCUCCCUUUGUUGGUAAUGGCAGUAUUCGCCGCCGCCAUCGGAGGAAAAGUGGGCGGCCGGACGGAGGUGAAGAACGUGAAAGCCAACAAGGACGUACAGGAUCUGGGAAGAUACUGCGUCCAAGAGUACAACCGCCAGCUUCAGCAGAAAGCCAACGGCACCAAGCUUCUUGUGUUCUCGCAGGUUGUGGCGGCGGAGACCCAGGUGGUUUCAGGAAUCAAAUACUAUCUCAAGAUCUCCGCCGCCACACGCGGUGGCGGAGCGGCCAAGAGUUUUGAAGCGGUUAUAGUAGUGAAGCCGUGGAUACACUCAAAGGAGUUGGUCAAUUUCGCACCUUCCACACCACCCAGCAGAGAUACAAACUAGGCAUCCAAAUUUUGUCUCUUGUCUUUCACUCUUUUUUCAAAUUUUGACCUUCUAAUUUCUUUUUUUCUUUUUCUUUUUCUUUAUUUUUUUCCUUUUGUGAGACUGUGACGUAAGCGUAUGUACUAAUAAUGGGAUUAUGUUGCCCUGAGAAAUAAUAAUUAUUGUCCUGGCCUCAAA